AUGAACCCGUACUCCAGCGAGGCCGCACUCAGCAUGCAGGGCCGGUUCGACUCGAGGGACACGCACAAGUAUUCGGUUAUUCUGCCGACGUACAACGAGCGCAAGAAUUUGCCGAUUAUUGUGUAUUUGCUGGCGAAGGAGUUUGAGGCAAAUCAGCUUGAAUGGGAGAUUAUUGUUGUUGAUGAUGCGAGCCCGGACGGGACGCAGGAGGUUGCGCUGCAGCUCGCGAAUGUGUAUGGAGAGGACAAGAUCGUGCUCAAGCCCCGGGCGGGCAAGCUUGGUCUUGGGACUGCCUAUGUCCAUGGACUCAACUUCUGCAGUGGCGACUUUGUGAUCAUUAUGGACGCGGACUUUUCGCAUCAUCCCAAAUUCAUCCCCCAAUUUAUCAGACUGCAACAGGCACAUAACCUGGACAUUGUGACUGGAACUCGUUACCGCUCAACUUCGUCGCCUUCACUCCCCGAUGUUACCCCUGGUGGCGUGCACGGAUGGGACCUGAAGCGGAAGUUCGUCUCGCGAGGGGCUAAUUAUCUUGCCGACACGGCAUUGAGUCCUGGAGUGAGCGAUCUGACUGGAAGUUUCAGAUUGUACCGGAUACCUGUGCUGAAGCACAUUAUCUCUGAGACUGUCUCGAAGGGUUAUGUGUUUCAGAUGGAGAUGAUGGUGCGGGCAAAGGCGCUAGGAUACACGGUCGGGGAGGUGCCGAUCACGUUCGUGGACCGUAUCUUUGGCGAGAGCAAGCUGGGGGCGGACGAGAUUGUGGGGUAUUUGAAAGGGGUCUGGCUGCUGUUCACGACGGUGUAGUAGAUGAUGUCAUUGCCCCUCUUGGUCAGCUUGUCGUUUGUGGCACUGCACCCCCUCUUACAGUAAUUAAUAUUUAUAUUCUCUCUCCAACGUCCAUCUUGUU